AUACAGUGCGACCAUCGUGGGUUGCUAUCAAACCAUCAUGAAGACCGCUGCGAUAACCCUGUUUGCCGCUGCUCUGGCGGCAUCGUUCCAAGACUAUGCUUUGGGCAGUGAAGAGGAACCACAUUGGAUAAGGAAGAGGGAAGUCAACUGUUCCGAAAUACCAGAUAUAGGAAGUCCAUGGAUGAACAGGGUGUGCUGCGGAAGAACUAUAGAGCUUCUGGACGAGAGACCUCACAGACACCGUGGAUCACACGAAAGACGCGGACAUACGCAUAGAGGACAUGGACACCACAGGUCUUCCUGGUCUUCGGCGAACAAUUCUUCGGAGGAAGAACAUCGUCGGCACGAAGGAUCAGGACGCCUGGUCAGAAUACCACGCAGAGCUCCCCGGCAUGAGCUACCACGACCAGAUGAUCCCGAAGAAAGGGUUAGGUGUAUCGUCGAAGAACAGAUGCAAAAUGAAUUUCUCGCGGCGGACGGCAGGCUGAACGGACAGGCCCUCGGAGACCACACGGUGGACCUGCUGACGCCUAACACGACAGCCUGGAGGCCCGACAAGGUCCGUGAGAUCGUGCACAGCUGCGUGGCGACGCCAGAACAACUAGUGGCCGAGAUACCCACAAACUGCACCUCAGGAGCUUCUGAUUGGAUAGUAUGUUUACUUCGCCAAGCUAUCGUGCACUGCCCGGACGAGUAUUGGGAAGACAGCGUCCACUGCAACAGCUUCAGGGAAUACCUGAUCGCGUGUCCCAAUGGGCCGCCCCCACCGCCUCCGCGGAGGCGGCACAGAGGCAGACAUGCAGGCGGGCGCGGGAGACCGCCCCCAUGAGCCGACUGCGGCGGACAGAGUAUACCUCGAAGCAGACUUCUUUGGCAUAUCAAAAAUCCCACACCUAAUCCAAGAGAUGCAAGACCCAGUGAAAUCAACGUUUUGAAGCAAUGGCCGCAAUGAAACCGACUGAGCAGGAAUGAGACAGCAUUUCACAAAAGCAGUUACAUUAUUUUGUUACUUGUGUGCUUUUUUCCCUGUACUCUAAUAGCUGUUAAAUUUUUCUAUUGUUAACAGUGGCUCCCUUUCUUCAGUAUUUGGAUUUCCAGAACCUUUUACAAUCGAUACCCCAAACACACCCUACUACCACAACGUUUUAUGAGCUACGGAUUUGUUGAUCUGUAACAUCUUAGCUUUCGGUAUGCAACUUUUGCUAAGAGCAAUUUCGAGAAUGCGACGGAAGUCAAGGAACGGAAAUGUGUAACAGCCACGGUGCUGCCAUCUGUGGCGGAUAGAGUGAACCAAAGUACACAAAGCCAAAUGGAAACUUAAUAGUGAUAACUGUCUAGUAAAUUUUCGCAAGAUGGCCAGUAUUUAAAUAAUAUUUCCUCGUUCAAAAAUCAUAACCAAAGUUGGGGAUUAGCAUUUUUUCAAGUCUUUUUCGCUUUUAUUGGAGCCGCUUCAUUAUAUAGAGAAAAAAAAUUCGGUUUGCAAAUCACACAUCACUAGCGAGUACUGUAGUCAGUGUUUAAAAAUCACAAAUAAAUUAAAUAAUUGCGAUCAAAGAACACACAUUUUCUCCACAUGCCCAAAAUAUUUGAGAGAAUAUGGUAUUUUAACUAUGUAAAUAUUUUUUUAACAAAAAACUUUAAAACCGUUUUUUAAAUUUUUAAAUUUUUAAUUUACUUUAAGAAAUAUAAAAAAAAUGUAUUUCCUACUUAGUUAAAAUAAGAUUGUUACGGAUACAAAAUAAACAAAUAACACAUUCACUAGCAGUUUAAUAAAAAUUACGUUAAACAUACAUUACAAUGCAAGCAGAUGCAUUGUUUAAACCGAGAGUAUGUUAUUAAGAUAUUGUUGCAGUCCUUUCACACCAUUAAACUUCACACAAAUAUUUAACUUCGACAGAGUCAUGCAUUUAAUUGCAUCCGUUUGUAUGGAUUAAUCACCGAUUUUAUAAUUACACUUUCGGUAAGGGAAUUUUAACCAAAUGUUAUAAUUAAUUACACCAAAGAAAAGUUUGGAAACCGGAAAAAAUAUGUAUAUAUAAAGGUGCCAUCAUGGGUAAUGACAUGAUAACAGCCCAACAGCGUAAACGUCGGUAGUCUGACUGCUUCGACGGGGCGUAGCGAAGAGGCCGGCGGGAGGGUAGUGAUGCAGGUCAGUGAUCACCGAUUAGCGUCUCUCUGCAACGUCUCCAGAGCCCCGUCUGCGUGAAGUGGCGUUAACUAGGACGCCACUGUUCUCGGAGCUUCGGCUGUCCAGUCGAAUGGCUGCGAGACCGUUCCAGAGCGGUUGCCGAGUGGUACUUUAAACGGAGAGGCUGACCUGCGCGGGUAAGAAGCUGAGAAAGAUGGCGAUCCCUUGGCGAGCGAUAGUGAAGGACGAGCGACGGGCCUCGGGUGCGAGGAUUGGUGCACCGUUGACUGUGUUGCGCGCGACGGACGAGUGGGGUGUGCGAGGCAAUGUUUUUUGGGACAGAGAUGAGCAGGUGAGAGACGAGCCAAAGUCGAGCUUAGCUCCCGUGCGGAGAGUGAACUGUGGACUUAGUGAAAGAGUGAUUUAUUUGUGGACAGACAUUUAAAUUGUUCAAAUUUAAUUAAAAGUGUGAAUAUUAGCUAAGAAAUAAAAUUAUAGUCGAGAAAUUGGACUAUCCUUUCCAGAUCUGUUUUCUCACUCGUAACAUUACAAUGUCUGACGGAUUUAAAAAGGAACUAUGCAAAUCACCUUUGCCACUAAAGAAGCUUUAUAGUUUCGUUCGUUUUUUUUGAGAACCGAACAUUCCACAAUUGAAUUAAAUCUUUAAUAAUAUUUCAGUACAGUAACAACAUGCUAUCCUGCUGUAAGUUUUUGUAAUGCUUGCAUUGUGUUUAAGUUUCAAAAAUUACUUCACAAUCCUAUGUUACACACAAAAAGUUGGGUAUUUCGUUUUAUUUUGUUUUCAUAAUAUCUUCGGGGUAUUCAAUGUAUUUCAUCAGAAUGGCUACCUUAAAUUUUAUGUUUCAUCCCAAAUAUUGCCACCAGAUAUUUUAUUAAAUGUUUUCUAAUAGCCGCAAAAAUUAUACGCUGGUAUUAGUUGUAAUGAAUAACUGGUUUAUUGUAAAGAAAUAAAAAUAUUUAAAUAAAACUUUAAGCAU